ACGAGGGGAAUACUUGUGAUCGGUGUACAUGUAUUUGUUACAAAUUGCGUUUUAGUAGCCAUUACAUUGUAUGUAAGAUAUAGCCCGUAACCUAACGGAGCGAGCAGUCUGCAGAACUUGUUUCUCGUGAACAACAUUUUGUGCUUUACUUGCUUUGUAACGGAGCGGAAAACAAACAAGAAAUGAUGAAACAGGUCAUUAGCAAAUACCAAGUUUCGAUGAAAUUGGUUCGUUUGAAGAAGCUGUUUAUAUGCUGUGUCAUCGCGAUGAUGGGAUUAACAAUCAUUUUUAUGAUAAAAGUAACAAGAGUAUGGGUACACCAGGUUCAGUAUGUCAGCCCUGUUAUUCCAACUAUUUACGUGAUAACACCGACAUAUUAUCGUCUAGAACAAAAAGCAGACCUUACUCGAAUGUCAAACACUUUACUUCACGUGCACCACCUUCACUGGAUCGUUGUGGAAGACUCAGUUGAGAAAACCAAACUGGUAACAUAUUUUCUAGAGACAUGUGGAGUGAUUAACACACAUUUAAACAUAUCAACGCCCAGAGAAAAGCGGUUGAGAGGCACCGAACUACCUCGAGGUGUGCUGCAGAGAAAUGCCGGUCUUGAUUGGAUUAGGACAAACCUGGAUCCUGAAGUCGAUGAAGGUGUUGUGUACUUCGCUGAUGACGACAAUACUUACAAUCGGAAGCUGUUCGAGGAGAUGCGGUACACACAACGAGUGUCAGUUUGGCCAGUAGGAUUAGUCGGAGGUUUAAAACAUGAAUCGCCUAUUGUCAAAAAUGGAAAGGUGAAGGGCUGGAAUGCAAUGUAUAUGCCAGAGCGCAAUUUUGCGAUUGAUAUGGCAGGAUUUGGUGUGAAUAUAAAUAUUAUUUUAAACCACACAAAGACGAAAUUUUCGUACUCCAUGUUACCAGGAACAUUGGAGACCUCAUUUCUUACAGCUCUUGGGACAAAGAUUCAGGAUUUAGAACCAAGAGCGGAUGGAUGUACCAAGGUGCUGGUAUGGCAUACAAGAACUGAAAAAACUAAGAUAGAAAAACCCAAAGACGGAUUCCUGAAGCAAUAUAAACAAGAACAAUUUGCUGAUGUAGAAGUUUGAAAAAAGUUGUGUGGCCUCAUGUCCAAUGUGAUUAAAUAUAAUCCGAUUAUGAACGUGAAGUGGGAACAGCAUUUCAGAUUGGAGAUUGUGUUACUUUAUAAUUUGUAUUAUAUGUAUAGCCAUGCAGCCAUUCACCUUUACUCGAUUUCCUCAUUGACAAUUGUCUCGAGCAAAGGAAAGUCUCCCUUUAUGAACGUCCGAGAGUUUUAUUCAAAAUAUUUUUCGUUUUGUGAAGACGAGAUUGACAAAGAGAGGAUUCGUGAAAAGAGUAAUGAAUACACUCAUAUUCUUAUGAACAUAUGAAUUUAACUUUUUUGAAUUUAGUUAGUCGCUUAUAAAACCGCCUGUAGCCUUACAGUCCAGUUGAGAACAUCUUUCACCUACAUAUGCAUAGUGGUAGCAAUUCAUUCAUCUUAAAGCAGCAGUAGAUCUAAUUCGCAUUAAGGUCAUAGGAGUGUAUUGAUAAACGGAAAUAGGAAGUACAUCCCUAGUUGAAAAUCCAAUG